ACCAAACAAACAAAGAAAUUCUCACAGGCAAUCGACACGCUGAACAUCAAGGACAAGAUAAUCGAGUCACAGAGGAGUCUAAGCACCCAGAGCAAGAUAGGUAGCUAUGAUUUUCGGACCUUUUAUUCACGUUUAUAUUAAUUUUGUUGAUAAAAGUGACCGGAUUAAUCACUUAAGAAUAUUUAGGUUUAUCUUGAUCAUAUCUUAUAGUUUUACUACCACGGAAAAAUAAUUUUUAAACGCCAAUCGAAAGACUGUUUAAGGACGGACUACUAAGGAAUUCAUCAUUCCAAAUCAAUCAGCACUGAAUAUCGAUCCAAACAACACUCUCAUAGUUUCUUCUGCUAAUGUACGUGGCUUUAAAAGUCCUCUCUGAGAGGUGAAUACUCGGUUGAGAGAGUGGAAUUGUCGAAAGGCAGGGUUUAAAAUUGCCUCGGCAGAAAGCAAUCAGACUGUGACAAAUGAUAGCUAAUAGUUAACAUCUUGAGUGUACCUCCAUUUACGUAACCUACAAAUUCUACAAAGACUGAGCAACUUAGCCCCUGCGCUUUUCGCUAAAGGCUGGUUCGCAUCGCUAGUUUUACCAGCUGUAUUUCAAACUAAAGUAGUGUUUUAGUCCUUUUGUACACUUGUUUAUGCGAUCGUUGCUUCCGGCUUUCGCAACGUGUGUAACCUGUGGCGCAUCGUAAUUUCUGUGUUUGAUCUUAUUUUAGCAGGCCUGUUUCAGGUAGAUCUAAUGGAAUCCGUAAAUUGGACAUCCUGAUGACCGAGUCAAGAGUUGAAAAGAUGAAAACUAUAUCGUCGUUAUACGAGCAAGACAAGUUACAUGCAUGGGAUAAAAAUGAAUCGGAGAGCGAACUAGAACCGCAGCAGGAAAGUACGUUAAUCAAUCUUCGGAAAGAAUACUCUUGUAAGAAACCUUCUCAAUCCUAUGAAGACUGGCUUCAAAUGAAGCGAUCUCAAGAGAAAAACAGACCAUCAACUGCGCCAACACAGAAAAGCAGGCUUGGAAAGAGUAUUGAUCCAGAGUCGUUCAAGAAAUGGCUGAAUAGUAAGCGACACCAACGGACGCAGUCGAAUUCUGAAUCUUGUUAUUCUAAUAAAAAGACUUUCAUUAGUUGUGGAGGAUUGACGUUUGAACGCUGGCUUGAAACAAAGUUAUCAAACCGUCCCUUUAGUGCUGUAAAUCACGUCACCGAGUCCCCUGAUUCAACAUCAGGAGUGACUAACAAAGUUAGAAAACAAAAUGUUUCUGGAAAACCAUUCGGGGUUUGGCUAGCAGAAAAGAAAACAUUGGAGCAGUCUGUUCAUGGCGGAGAAUAUUACAACGAACAAGACAAAAACACUUCGAGAAGUGGCAAAACGUUUGAAGUGUGGUUAAAAGAAAAGCACAGUCAAAAGCAGAUUGAGCUGGUGCAAAAGAUAACUACAGAGAAAGAGGAACAAAGACUGGCGGAAAUAGAUAGGUUACAGAAGUGGCUGAAUCCACGUUACAAGACUUACGAGGACUGGCUGGCACUUAAGAACCAUCAAGCUAGGUUUGAACGCUUGCGAACCCAGAGCGAGCCACAAAAACAACAAGAAGACAUUUCCGAGGAGGAAAGACAAAAGGACGCCAAAGUUGUUUAUGACAUCUGGCAGACAAUGAAGGCACUUCAAGAGCUAAGCGACGAAGACAGGAAAUAUAAGGAAAUGAAAGCAAAGUGGGCUGCGAAGCAACGCGCAAAAGAACAACUGAGAAGGCUUAAUGUUAUAAAUAAGGCCAAGCAGUUUCAUUUGCGAUCUACAUCAGCACCGAAGAGUUGACGUUUGUUUCGAACUUGGUGGGUUGGGGCUAGGGGAGACUCCAUCUUGUUUUUUCGAUCCCACCCUGCCAGUAGUUCGGCAACCUCGUCCCCAGGGCGGUGGGGCGGGAAAGGCCGGGCAUCGGCUGGCCAUUACAUCAUUUUGAUUGGUUGAUUGAUUUAGGUAAUUCAUGUAAGAAAAUGGCCAAAUGAAAAUAAUUUAUGCAUUAUACCAAAGUCGAAAUGGCGGAAAGUAUGUCCACUCCAACGAAGAUUUCUUCAAGAAAUCCAGUUUGCAGGCUCUGAUGUGCUCUCAGGAAGUUCUCAGGAGAGUCGCUAUAUGCUUCGCUAUAUGCUUCGCUAUAUGCUUCGAAUAUUCAGCAAGGCCGGCUUAUCUAAAGAUCAGUAUUCAAAAGUUUAUAAAACCUGUGGUAUAACAAUUUCUGAGGACGACACGAGUUCAUCAGUGUUAUGUAGGAGCGGCGUUACAUUCGUAGACAAAAUGGACCUGUUUAUUCGCAGAGCUCAAUUUGUAAACAAUACGCCGUCUGAUCUAAACUCAGAAUAUUCUGUAAAGCGAUGCGUUCAACUUUCACCGUCUUCGCGUCAGCCGUCGAAGCGUCUAUCAAAGGAUAUGCCACCCGAAAGCUUCGAUGUGGAUGAGCCAUAAAUAAAAGAGGGCGGAAGGCCUACACGACUUUUACCUUACGCCAAAAUGCUGCUUGUGCCAAUAUUUUGUUUUUCAUCUUCUGGGUAGAUUAUGCUCUGGAAGGUUCUACAUUUUCACUGAGCAAAUGUGAUUUUCUUUCUUGCGCCCAUUAUUUCCAAGCGCCUGCUACGCAGUCUAGCCCCACCUCCAAAGCCAAGGAAAAGCGCCUUAGGGACGAGGUUGCUUUCUCGACCUACUCGAGAAAGACUCCGCUCAGAGUAAAUCGCGUCAAGCGCAGGUCGAACUACUGUACUGAACCACUUUUCUCGUCAAAGAGUAUUUACGAGUGUGAGCAUCCGUAUUAAGCGCACGGCUAUUAGGCCUGGGUUCGAAACUUUAGCCUUCCAACACGCGGCGAAUGCUCAUUAGAGAUCUUAUUCGAUUCGUGCAUCGAUCAAGAAGGAAACAAAACGAAGCUUCUGCUUGCAGGGUGUUUCGACCCCUUAUUUGCUUAAUGCAACGUAUCCGUAAUGCUGGUAUAAGUUUUAGUAUAUUUGAAAUGUACUCUAAUUCUUUAAUCCGAAAGUUUUUGCAUUG